GGAGAACAAAGGGUAAAAUCAGUACACACGUGAAAAUGAAGACUUGGAAGAAAACUGAUCUCGAACUGGGUCCGAUAAACGUAGGUGAUAUUUACCUACAGAUCCCCAAACUUCAGGAGAAAACGGUUUAAAUAUUUUUAUUUCUGAGAAAUGCUAAGUAGUUUUAUUAACCUCUUCUUUAUUACUUUUUGAGCUUUAUUGAGGUGUCAUUGACAGAUAAGAUUGUGAUGUAAGUGUCCAGCGAGUCCACAUGUAAGCGAUAGCAUGCGGUAUCUGUCUUGCUGUGGCUCGUUUCACUUGGCAUAACGCCCUCGAGCUUCAUCCACAUUGUUGCAGAUGGCGGGACUAAUCCUUCUUCCUAAAGGCUGGCUCAUAAUCACUAUAUGUCCCACAUUUUCUUCAUCCAUUCGUCUGUCGGUGGACACCGAGGGGGGAUUCACGCCUUAGCUGUCGAGAAUGAUGCUGCCGUGGACCGUGGGGCGCAGACCUCCCUUUGAGUAACAGUUUUGUCUUCUUUGGAUGAACGCCACGUCCCUGCGUGCUGCUGUAGAAUUCGCUGACGGCCCCUCCGUGAUUGUGGUUGCUCUUCCCGUCACCCAGCUGAGGACACUGAGACCCGUGCAACAGGUAAUGGUAGGAGAUGCGGCACAUGAGGAGGCCCAGGUCCAGAUCUCGUGUGACCUUUCUGCCUGGUAGAGAAGGUCUCGGCGGGACGCCUAGGAGAUUGCUCGGCCAUGACCACGACGCGGUACCGGCCCACGUGGGACCUGGCCCUCGACCCGCUGGUGUCCUGCAAGCUGUGCCUCGGGGAGUACCCGCUGGAGCAGAUGACCACCGUGGCCCAGUGCCAGUGUGUCUUCUGUACCCUGUGCCUGAAACAGUACGUCGAGCUCUUGAUCAAAGAAGGAUUAGAAACUGCGAUCAGCUGUCCGGAUGCUGCCUGCCCCAAACAGGGCCAGCUGCAGGAGAGCGAGAUCGAGUGUAUGGUCGCGGCAGAAAUGAUGCAAAGAUAUAAAAAGCUGCAAUUUGAAAGAGAGGUGCUCCUAGACCCCUGCCGGACUUGGUGCCCGGCGUCCACCUGCCAGGCUGUGUGCCAGCUGCAGGAGAUGGGCCUGCAGACCCCUCAGCUCGUGCGGUGCAAAGCGUGUGACACAGAAUUCUGCUCCGCCUGCAAAGCCAGCUGGCACCCCGGCCAAGGCUGCCCGGAGACCGUGCCGAUCACCUUCCUUCCCGGGGACACCAGCUCUGUUUUCAGACUGGAGGAGGACGACGCGCCCAUCAAGCGCUGCCCCAAGUGCAAGGUCUACAUAGAGCGAGACGAAGGCUGCGCGCAGAUGAUGUGCAAGAGCUGUAAACACGCCUUCUGCUGGUACUGCCUGGAGUCCCUGGACGACGAUUUUCUCCUGAUCCACUACGACAAAGGACCGUGCCGGAACAAGCUGGGCCACUCCAGGGCGUCCGUGAUCUGGCAUCGGACACAGGUCGUGGGCAUUUUCGCCGGAUUCGGGCUCCUGCUCCUGGUGGCGUCACCUCUCCUGCUCCUGGCCACUCCGUUUGUGCUCUGCUGCAGGUGCAAGUGCAGUAAGGGUGACGACGACCCGCUGCCCACCUAGAGGACGGCCGGACGCUGGACGAGAGCCCCGCCUCCGGGAAGCGCCCCCGCCCCCCCACUAAACAUCUUUCUUGCCUUAUGUGCCCCAUUGAGCUUCACAGUGUCAUGCGGGUGCCGUGACUUCAGGGACCGAUGUCGGAAGGUUCGCCGAGGCCCCCCGGUGGAGCCGCCGAGGCGUGGGGAAGGCAGGGCCGGCGUGGGCGGGGACCGUCCCCAGGGAGCCGGCCUCUGCAGACUGGACGCGGGAGGUGCUGCGAGAAGCACUCUGGGCAGGGUCCUCCCUGUGGCGACAGACUCGGCACGUCCGGUGGUUGCCCGAGCGAACUUCCCACGCAGAACGCCGCCUCCUUGGCUCCCACGUGGCGCCGGGAGACGCCCUUUAGGAGCCGCUCACUUCCGACAGCAUCUGAUGACUCUGACUUGAGGAAAGCACUCUGUUUAUGACGACCGUUUUUCUUACUAGUGGCAGUUAGUGAAAUCCUUUCUAGAAGGCGUUUUUUUUCUUUUUCCAACUGAGAAGUGAAAACUCAACAAGGUGCAUCUAAAACCAUCCUAUGCCUUUCUCGAAAUGCGCAUUUUCAGAAGUGAUUGCUCUGGCUCGGCCGCUCUGCUCUCCGGGAGACUUAGAAAGCCUUACACGCCCUUGUGUUUUUCCUGAGACUCGUGACGACUGUUUGGACGCCGUACGCCGUGUGCCGCUGCGAACGUGAUUCCCACACCGUUGCAUUUCUCUGCAAACAGCGAUCUGUUUAAAGGUGCAUCAGCAUCGUCAGAUUUGCCUUUUGUUUUUUCUCUUCGGUGAUUCGGUUCAGCUUAUAGGCUUGUCUCUCUUCACCCAGGUAUCAGCAGAGAGUUUUAAUGUCUUCAGAAGCCAAAUGUUUCGCUCGGACGUAGUUCUGCGGGGGGGUCACUAUGGUCUGGCUGCUGGCCUCAGUCCCCCCCAGCAGACAGGAGGAAGCAGGCAGGCCGUGGCCCUCAGAGGCGGGCUCCCCGCGGGGCUCGGGAGGAGCCUCCUGGGUUUUCACGGCUUUUACGUAGCUAAGCUGUUUGAUGAGCCGUGUAUCUCACGGAGCUCCAAGUCCUUUUGCUAACCAUCGUGCCCCCGGCCAAAGCCCACCCAUCUCACGUGGUUAUUUUGAUUGGGGAUUUUACCACUCUGUCUUUUAGGCUCUGUGUGACUGUUACCAUGGCAGCAGAAUGCACAGGCCAGUGAGACACAUGUCACCCCAUCGAUUGAUUGAAAAGUGGGAACGUGUUUUUUUUACAGAGCUGACUUUAAUAUGGCUUUUAACACUGUUUGCGCUUAUAAAGAGCAAACCAAUCGCAUUGAACUUGGGACUUCUACGAAUAGCGGGAAGGCAAAUGUGGGUUUUUUACAGCAGAACUUUUUGAAACUUAUUAAGCAUUCCACAGAGGAGCAAAAUGAAAACAGUCUGGCUUCUGACCCGGCCGUCCGCGUGUCGCGAGCACGUGUGGAAAGCGGGGUGGUGUUUGUGUCCUGACUCGUACGCGUGUGCUCAUCUCAGGUCUGGGGUCACCUUCCCGUGGAGAAGUGGCUUCAUUAUUUCUCAACGAUUAGUACGCGAGAAGAAACGGGGCCACCUCGCUCGUCACCUGCCGUCUUUAUUUCCUUUAUGAAGCAGAAGCCAUGCCGGAAGCCAGUCUGUGUCAGACCUGUGUGGAAUCGAUGCUCCUCACAAUGCUGGUUUAAAAAUUCAGCAACUGGAUAAGAGCACACGGGACCGUCUUUUGGGGUGAAGCUUGCGGGGUGAGUCUGUAGCUGGAGGUAUUGCAGGAGGAUCUGGGGUAGGACGGCUCUCAGAGGGGACAGUGCCAUGAGGCCCGAGGAUGAAGGGCGGCGGCCCAGGCUCCAAGCCCCUCCCCGGGUCUGUGAGUGCAGGCUUCCGGCCCGUGCCCAGCAGUUCCCCCGCCGUCCCUGGCCAUCCUGUCCCCACCGGCUGCUGCCCCUCACACCCUGCACGACAGGGUGGGGUCGGGACCAGGGCCUCCGGGUGGGUCAGGUCGUCUGUCCACCCUGGACGAGUCCGUGGCCAAACUCCGCACUCCCGUAGCCCCGGCCGGCCUGGGGCCCAUCUCUCAAGCAUGUCUGACCAGGGAGGGGUCCUGGAGGUCUGGGGCCAGAGCAGCACCGCACCGGCCUGCUCUGAGUGUCCGCUUCAGGCAGGCCUGGCUUGCGUAACAGCUAAAUGUGUCCGUUCCCCAGAAAGGUACCGGCAGGAUCGCUGUGAGGUCCUCAGCGGCCUCUGACGUCAUUCGCUCAGGAGUGCCAAACCCGCUGUCCCUGCGGACGCGGUGUUAACCAGGCUGGGGUGACAUGUACGUGGCAUGCGGGGCGUGGCCCGCAUUUCGGAUUUCCACCUUGACGUCACCGCCUGGGAAACCUCGGGGAGCUGCACGCUCAGCGGGCGGACACGUCCCCGUUAUUCAGCAUACUUUGUCUUAAUGGACCAUUUUUACAGGCGGUUUUCAUGCUGACCCUCUGGUUCAUUCGAAGGCCUUUAAGUCCUGGGCAAGAGGGAUGAAGCCCUCGGGGUGGACCGUGACCCACGCUGCCGCCGUCAGCUGGGGUGGUGAUGGAGGGCACGGUGGACCCCCAGGUCAUCUGAGUCCCCACGGAUGCUGACCACGUUGCGAGGGUUUUCUGGGCAUCCCUGAUCCCUCAGGCGGGCCCUGCCAUGUGUCCUGUAGCCCGGCCAGCCGAGCUGUGCCACCGUCACAGGAGGCCAGUGCCUCUGAGAAGGACUCGCUGUGGCAGCACGUGUGGCGGAGGUGGCUGAGCAUCUGGGCCUAGGCGAACCUGCGAUCACACGCAUUUGGGUCCCCCCAGUUUCCCUCGAGCCCCGGGAGUAGCAGCCGACGGAGGCGCCAACACCCGCACUUCCGCACCUUUAAAGGGGGACAAAUUCUCUUUACAACACGUGACCCAGUAAAACUGACUUAGAAACCAGCCUGAUUCCUGAUUCGAAUUCCAGGCCCAUGGGAAAGGAAUGAUCAGAUACGCAAGAAAUACUUCAAGAUGAGUUCAUCGUUUCCAGCUGUGUCACGAGAGUUCAAAGGUAGUUCACAGACUAGAACAGGACGCUUCCCCUUGGUGGUCUUUACAAAAUUAGGGGAUUAGAAAGAACCAGGGUGAGCUUUUUGUAUAUUUCUCCAAUUCUCAUGUAUUAGGAAAUACCCCCUGUAUAUAUUUAUAUAUGAAUCAUCAUGAAAUCAAGGAGAGCGUUUUGCAUGUGGAGAAGCCUCACGAAGGUCUCAUCGAAGAAUACCAAAGCUUGUUUAUUCCUCGUAACUGCCCCAAGCCCUUAGAAAAAUAAACAGAAUGAAGAGAUUGUGGCUGAUUUUGCCAAAAGUACCAAACGGAACGGAGGGGCCUGCAUUGGCCUUGACGUGCUGGCAUCGGAGCUGGGGCGGGGUGGGGCGGGCUGUCUGGGCGCUGAGAGCCGGGGGUCCCCGCCCGCCCCCCGCCUGUGCGGGGCUGUCUCCCAGGAGUCCAGGAGCCUCCUGCUGGGGGGCGGGAGCGGCGCCUACGUCUGACUUUUCUUUCCUUCCUUGCUCGUUUGCCGUGGGUGUAUUUUAAUCUCGUGUAAAAACGCGCAUGAGUGAGUCAUGCCCUUGUGUACGCCGCUCGUCUCUGGAACGCGCUGCGUCUGACGCCACGGACACUGUGAUGUGUAGAAGAGCUGUCCGAACGCCUUUCGACUCGUGCUUUGUGCUUUGGAGUCACGUGGAAAAGUGCGAUUUGUCGUUUCAAUACGUAUUUUUAAAUGUAUCGUGUCCUAGGUAGCUUGUGCCCCCUUCAGAAGGGGUUUCUUUUUUGAAGAUAUUUUGGCUGAAAUACAGGUUUCUUUUGUAAAAA